ACCUUAUAACAGCUGUUUACAAUUCUCAAGUUAAAAGACAAUUUUAAGGAGAUAUCAAGACUUGGCAAGCUGCUGUAAACUGAAAUAAAGAAAAAUCCUUACAAAUGUUAAUUUUAAAAGUAUCCAGAGGAAUUCCUUCAAACUCAUUCAUACGCAAAGUCUCGUCCAGCGGCAUUUUAGCUCUUGAUCAAAGAUGGCGUGAGGAGCACGGAUUACCAGCAAAUCCAAAUGCAUUUGGACCCCUGCAUACUUUACCGGAUUACAAAUUCCCUGACGGUCGUCCUACACCAAUGGGGUCAAAUCAAAGAAGACGCUUAAUGAAGCAGCGAGAAAUUGCCGCUAAAAUCGUAGCCAUGUGUAAGGAAUUGGAUGACGCUAAAGAGCGCUACAUAAGAUUAGGUUUAGAGAAACAAGCUGAACGUAAAAGAAUAAUGGAAGGAAAAUUAAAGCCAAAAGGGAAAUACUUAUUAAAGUCCGAUCAUGAAAAUAAAUUAAUUACUUAACUUCUAAAAAUGAAGCAUGUUUAACCGUAAUUUUGAUAACACCUUCAUAUGUAUAAAUAAAAUUUGAUCAAGACUUUUA